UACGUUUCCCAGGCCCCCCUGCUGCUCGGCCGGAGGGCCGGGUGUCAAUCAGGGCGCGUCAGCGGAGGGAGCGACCCGGGGAUCCCCCCCGCCCCCCCGCCCUCCUCCGCUCCCGCUAAUAAUAAGUGCCGGAGAGCCGAGGAGCGGGGAGGCAAGUGUCAUGCGGGUGCGCCGUAAGGGGCCGAGGUCCGGCUGAGCGCCCGGCCCCGCUCCACCGCCGGCGCAGCCUCGGGAAAAGCGGGGAGAGCCGAAACGAGCCCUGCGGCCGGUUCCCGGGGAAGGGGCGAGCACGGGAGCGAGGGGGCGAUGAGGCGCAGGAAGACGGCGGUGGCGGCCGCCUGCUGCCUCGCCCUGCUGCUGGGCACCCUGCUCAACGUGCUCUUCGUGCCCGGCUCCGAGCUCCCCCCUCCGCCGCCGCCGCCCCGCGACGGGGCCCCCCCGUCCCCGCCCGGCGCCCCCCUGGAGCCGCCGGAGGAGGAGGGCGGCGGCGGGCGAGCCGCGUUGGCGCGGCAGCUCCGCGAGCGCUACGAGGAGGUGCUGCGCUACCGGCAGCCGCGGGCGGCAGGGGUGCGCCGGGCGGUGCGGCCGCGGGAGCGGCGCCUGAUGGACCUGGCGCCGGCGCGCACCUCGGCCGAGCAGCAGCAGCAGCCGCGGGGCCGGGCGGCGGCGGAGCGAGGCCGGGCCUCGGCCGAGCUGGGGCUGGAGCCGCCGCCGCUGGGCUGCCGCGAGCUGCGCGCCGCCGGCGGCGUGCAGUACCUGGGCUCGGGCUACACCAAGGCCGUCUACAAAGCGGUGCUUAACCGCUCUCUGGCCGUGGCGCUGAAGGCGGUGGAUUUCGGAGGGCACGACGUCGCCCGCUGCGUGCGGCAGUUCGCGGCUCUGGCCGACUGCUACCGCCUGGCCGCCUACAAGAUCGUCAAGGAGAUGGUGCUGCUGCAGCGGCUGCGCCACGCCAACGUCCUGCAGCUCUAUGGCUAUUGUUACCAAGAUAGCAAUGACAUCCCAGACACGCUGACGGCCAUCACUGAACUAGGCUCACCUUUAGAGAUGAUUCAGCUUUUACAGACUUCCUGGGAAGACAGAUUUCGAAUAUGUCUCAGCUUAGUUCGGCUUUUGCAUUAUUUGGCUCACUCUCCUCUUGGCUCUGUGACACUUCUGGAUUUUCGCCCUCGACAGUUUGUGAUUGUGGAUGGGGAGCUGAAGGUGACAGAUCUAGAUGAUGCCAGUAUUGAGGAAAGCUCUUGCACCAGUAACAGUGACUGCUUUAUGGAGUUUCCAGCACGAAACUUCACUCUGCCUUGUUCCAUUGAGGGACGGUGCCAAAACAUGAAUGAAAAGAGGAAUCUCUACAAUGCUUACAGGUUUUUUUUCACAUACCUUCUGCCACACAGCGCGCCGCCCUCGCUAAGACCAUUACUAGAUAAGAUAGUCAACGCCACAGGAGAGCUUCACUGGGGGAUAGAUGAAACAGCUGCUCAACUAGAAAGAGUUUUGAAUCUGUAUAAGAGUGGAGAGUACCUGCAGAACACUACCCGGAUAUCGAAAUCUGAGUACCGGCGGGUCCCUGAAGCCUUUAUUCCUGAUGAGAACUACAGAUGCUGGCCAUCUUACCAUCACAAGGGCUGCCUCCUCUCUGUGUUUGACGUUAAUGAAGCCAUUGAGAUUUGCGACAGCUACUCCCAGUGCAAAGCUUUUGUCCUAACCAACCAGACAACUUGGACAGGUCGGCAGCUUGUCUUCUUCAAGGCGGCUUCAAAUCAUAUUAUGCCUGAUCCUGACAAGAUAACGUAUGUGAAAGUAACAGACUGACAGCUGAAGUGGCUCAGUCUGAUGUGUGAGUGACCAGAGCUGUUUGUGUAUAAAUAUAGGCAGCUGUUAUGUAUAGGAUGGCUGUGUUCGGAGAGAUAAUUGCACUAUUACUCAUUCUAAUCUAUAGAGUGCUAAACAAAACUUUUAAAAGUAACCUGCAUGACCAGGAUGAAUGUGCAAUAAGACAACAUUUUGAAAAUGUGAUUUUAAAACGAAGCAAACUACAAAAUACGAUACACUGUUGGGAUGUAAUUUUGGAUAUAUAUCAACUGGCAGCUCUAACUUUUCUAACCAAGGUUAGUGUGACUUUUCUGACCUGUGUGUGUGUACAGGAACAGAAGUUGAUUAUUUCUAUGAGAAGUCUGUAUCUUCUGCAUUGAUAUUUAUUUGAGCUCGUACAAUCACAACAGAGUAACUGAAGCAUAUCAAUUUGUAAGCUAAAUAUCAAACAUUGCUGAAGACAAUCAGCAUUCAUGUUAAAGCUAUCGAAUAUGCAAUAGCAACAUGUUUGUCAAAAUGAAAGAAUUGAUUAUGUUUAGAAUUGCAAGACUGUAGCUAAUUUUCAUUUUCGCUUCCAAUGUUAUCACAAAGGUUCACUUUUUUAAUUUAAAAGAGCCAUUUUGUAGGUCUAGCAAAUCACAUAAGCAUUUGAAUGGUCCCCCUGAAAGGCAGGGGCUUACCCAAGUGCUGAAUGCAUUGCUGAAUAGGGAUAGGCCUAAGCAUAUGCUUACAAUUAAGCCUGUGCUUAAGACUUUUGUUGAAUCAAGUUUGAAUUGUUCAUGAAGCCACAUCUUUGACAAACUGGCAAAACAAUCCAUCUGGUGGAACAGGACUAUUUUAUGGAAUACCUUGCAGUUAUUCAUAUUUUUAUCAUCAAAUCCGUGGUUUUCUAAGGCACCGCUUGCUAAUUCUUAGAGUAAAUGAAGUAAAUGACCUUAAUAAUGGUAAUUGAAUGCUAGCCUUAAUUCUAUAUAAAAUGCUUUUUAUAGGCAUGGUGUGUCUAGAGAAUUUGCUUUCAGUGAAAGCAAUGAAGUAAAUGCUAAAGUGACCAAUGUCAUACUGUUUUGUAGUUUGUACAGCCAGGGAAAAAAAUGUGCAUUUGUUUCUUAAAUGGUUUAUUUUUGUAAUAAAUAAAAGAUAAAUACAAUCUCUUUCUUACUUACUUUUCUUGUGUUGGAAAUAAAUGCCAGAAUCCAGUGAGGAUUCAGUUAUGGUGUACUGUAAGUCAAAUUAAAUCCAGGGUGUUAUUUCCAGGAAGGAGCUGAUGUUGCUCCAGUGGCUUCCAGCAAGGGGUGUGUUUCAGGAUCCAGGGAUGGCUUUUGUGUAUUUGACUGUCACAACGCAGGUGACCACUAGAAGACAACACUUCAUCAGCCUUUCCUUUUCUGAAGUUUGAGUCAUGUCAGUACCAUUUGUAGAGGGGCAGAGGGUGAGAAUAGAACCUGAAGUAAUUAGCCGUGGUGCUAGAUGGUUGAUUUUCUUACUGGACAUAGAGAGAAGGGUAGCAGGAGAGCAAGGAAGAGGGGCAGAAAUUUUCAUAGUCCAAGUGAUUGCACAGAAGGUGUGGUCAGAUGGUGACACAGUUGGCAGCAGGUCUUGUCUUACCACGGUUCCUCUGAGGUCACUGAUAUCCUAACGACUUCUGGCAGUCCACUGAAAUGACGUGCUGUAAUGGGGGUAACUCACAGAUUAUCAAACUACCCGCCGCAAUAGCUCAGCUGAUUGUGUCGCAGUGCACUUAGAAACCCAUCAAUCACACUGUGGUAAUAAACAAACACUACAGAUUCUUUUAAAAUUGCUACAUAAAUCAUGCCAACGCACGCUGCACAGUUCAUUGAAGUGAUAUGGGCUGUUGGCACUGAGGUGCUGGUAUGUAUUUGGAAAGUGUUUAGCCUCCUGUGAUUGCCUCCCCAUUUAAGGUCUACACACCAUUCCAAAAAUACUCAGCAUUUAUAAACAAAGUGAAUGAUUAAAUCCUUUAGCUGUGUUCCUAGAUAAAAAAUUGUCAACAGUUAAAAGAAAAAAAAAAAAAAGAUAUGUGGGGUAAUUCUUUAAUACUGUGGGAAGGUACCUAAGGAUAAUUUCACUUCAUCAU